UGCCUGAACGUGCGAGCUGGUGGGAGUGGAACGCACCGGCCGUUGUAGCCGUCGCCUUCUUCCUCCCCACAGUCCGAACAGCGCGGUGACUAGGCCGUCGGCCCUCGAGCCGAGACAUAUCUCUUAUUUAGUUCUCGGGAGCGCCUGGCCGACAUGAGUGAUGUAGAGGAAAACAACUUCGAGGGCAGAGUUAAUGUUCGUGAAGAAAUUGAAGAGUUUUUUCCAAGAAUGUGGAAGAUAAAUCAAGAUAAAAGAAGGCUAAUGAAAAGUAUUAAAGAUCAGAAAAUUAAAAUUGAAUGGGGGAAAAAAUUGAACAGAAGAUUGGUCAGAUAGAAGCACUUGAAUAUUUUUUUAAGGCUAUUUUGAAUUGUUUGAAUUGGGGAAGAAUACACGAAGUAUGAAAAAUGAAAAACUCAAUGAAGAAUGAAGAGAAGUAGAAAGCAAGAGUGAAGUAGAAUUAAAAGAAUCUGGAAGAAUGAAUGGGUCCUAGGUUAAGUAAAUGAGUCUCGCUCUCAGUCAAAAUCUCCAACGGGAACUCCUGCUCGUGUAAAAUCAGAGAGCAGGUCAGGAUCUCGUAGUCCAUCAAGGGUUUCCAAACAUUCUGAAUCCCAUUCUCGAUCAAGAUCAAAAUCCAGGUCAAGGUCACGGAGGCAUUCUCAUAGACGCUACACUCGAUCCAGGUCACACUCUCACAGGAGACGAUCUCGGAGUAGGUCCUAUACACCAGAGUAUAGGAGGCGGAGGAGCCGGAGUCACUCUCCAAUGUCUAAUCGCAGAAGGCACACUGGCAGCAGGGCAAACCCAGAUCCUAACACUUGCCUGGGAGUAUUUGGCCUCAGUUUGUAUACAACAGAGAGAGACCUUCGUGAAGUAUUCUCCCGAUACGGACCUCUGAGUGGGGUUAAUGUGGUUUAUGAUCAGCGGACUGGGAGGUCGCGUGGAUUUGCUUUUGUGUAUUUUGAGAGGAUAGAUGACUCUAAGGAGGCUAUGGAAAGAGCCAAUGGGAUGGAGCUGGAUGGGAGAAGAAUCCGUGUGGAUUAUUCUAUCACUAAGAGAGCGCACACACCUACACCGGGCAUUUACAUGGGCAGACCAACUCAUAGCGGUGGUGGAGGUGGCGGAGGAGGAGGUGGUGGUGGCGGCGGUGGUGGCGGUGGCAGACGACGAGAUUCUUACUAUGAUAGAGGAUAUGAUCGGGGCUAUGACAGAUAUGAAGAUUAUGAUUACCGGUACAGAAGAAGGUCGCCCUCUCCUUACUACAGCCGCUACAGGUCACGAUCAAGAUCCCGUUCCUAUAGCCCAAGACGCUAUUGAUACUGGAGUGAUUGUGCCCAAGAACUUUGCUUUUCUUUCUUUCUUUCUUUUUUUCCUUUUUUCCUUUUUGAUUUUGGAUUUCCAAGCUUCCAUGCUUCCUAGUCCUUUAAAAAAAAACAAAACAAACAAAAAACCUGAUGUAUUUAAUCUCUGCGUGGCCAGUUGUGUUGCUGUUUCCACCUUUGUUACACUCUAAAGGUGUGAUUGUCUUUUCAGUAGUUGACCGUCUUGAGUAAAAGGAAGCGCCCUGUUAUGCUUUGUGGUUCUUUGCUUUUACAGAGGAUUAACUUCUUACUAUGAGGACAGAAACCAUCUUUUGAAAGCUUUUUCUGAUGAUAUUGUAGUAGACAUUAGAAAUCUGUGGUUAUGACAAACUGCCUUUUAAUCUUCUUUGGGGGAAGAUAAAUAACACUUUAGGUCAGUCAUGUCAGGUUUGUCUGGAGUGGCGUGGAGCAGUUGAAUAGUUGAGUGUAGAAGCUCUAGGAGAAAAUGUGGGGCAUUUCUUUUGAAGAAUAUAACUUUGAACCUAAAAAUUAAGUCACCUUUUAGAAAUUAAAAGCUUGUAAUUCCUAUAAGAUAUGUUGUAUUUGAAUUUACAUGUUAAACCUUAUAAACUUAAAGCGUGAUUUUUAUGUUAAAUUUACGGAAACUUAAGUAUUCCCUUAAUCACUGAAGGACAACCUUUAUUUAUUACCUAGAACAAUUGUAUAACUUGCUGUUAGAAAUUUUGGUAUUGGGACAUUGGUUACAUGGGUUAUUGUAUUAGGAUCCUAAAAUACAUGUGGGGAAGAAUAAUUUCAAAUAAAAGUUAAUUUGAAAAUGA